GGUUGAAUGGUGUACUCCAAGCCAGCUCGUUAUGUGGAAGCCAGCUCUGAGGCAGAAUGAGUGGGAAAGAUGCUGGCAAAGCAGGAAAUGAAGACGACAAAACUUACUGCCUUCAUGUGUACCCUCGUCUGCAGUCGGGGACCACUGAGAGCUGCUCCAUUCUUGCCACUAAGGACUCUUCUACCACAGAUGUUAUAAAAUAUGCCAUAGCCGCUUUGAACCUUGAUGGAUCAAGGUACUAUGUGCUGGCAGAGGUCAAAGAAUCGGGAGGAGAGGAGUGGAUUUUGGAGGCCAGUGACUCGCCUGUGCAGAGGAUCUUGCUUUGGCCCCGACGAGCACAUGAGAAGCACCCGCAGAGUGAAGGGUAUUACUUUGUGCUGCAAGAAAGAAAUAAAGAUGGAACGAUACAGUAUGUCAACCUCCAGUCAGUGUCGAAGGAGAAGGAAGUGCGCCAGUUGUUAGAACGAGGCUUUCUUCCUCGCCAGCAAGAGGAACAAGAUGACUUGUGCAAUGUUCCUAACUUAACAGAGAAGACACUUUUAGAAAACCUUAGACUCCGAUUUGAAAAACACAAAAUAUACACUUAUGUGGGAAGUAUUUUAAUAGCCAUCAACCCUUUUAAAUUUCUUCCAAUAUAUAACCCCAAGUAUGUCAAGAUGUAUGAAAAUCACAAACUUGGCAAACUCGAGCCACACAUUUUUGCAAUUGCAGAUGUGGCAUACCACACUAUGCUAAAAAAACAGAUGAACCAAUGUAUUGUUAUUUCGGGGGAAAGUGGAUCUGGAAAAACACAAAGCACAAACUUCUUAAUUCAUAGCCUGACUGCACUUAGUCAGAAAGGAUACGCAAGUGACGUUGAAAGAACCAUCCUUGGUGCAGGACCUGUACUUGAGGCAUUUGGAAAUGCAAAAACAGCACACAACAAUAACUCUAGUCGAUUUGGAAAGUUCAUUCAAGUCAAUUAUUUGGAGAAUGGAAUUGUCAGAGGUGUGCUGUUACAUAGCACUACAUUGGAAUUCUUUAUCUGGGGAAACUAUAUCAACAACAAACAGAUAACAGAUAGCAUAACUGAAUCAAGCAACCUUCCCAAGAUCUUAGUUGGCUCAGCAGCCCUCCUUUAUGGAAUGGAACUACAGAGAAGAAAAUGA